UCUCAAGAACCGUCCGGCUCAUCUUGGUUGGAGAAAGGGAACGACGAAAUUUGACCACGAUGGGAACAGACACUCGCGUCAAGAGACGGAGAGGAGGAACGCGCAAGAAAACAGGAUGCUAUAUUUCCAGCUUCGCCUGCAAAGCGCGGCACACUCGCUGCGAUGAGAAGAAACCCAUUUGCAGCAACUGUGAACGAUUCGAACUGGAGUGUUGGCCCAGCAAUUUCAUUGCCUACUCGGCAUGGUGCUCGACCGACCGGGGUGGAUCAGAUCAGCAGGAGGCCUUUCCGACGGAGAAUAGCAUGCGAACUGGUGAUCAGGCCCUGGCCUCAACAUCCACUUCGGAUAUAGUUCGCGCGAGCUGCCCGGACUUGCAGCAUUCUCAUUCCAGCAAUCCUGACCCUGUACUUUCUGAAUCAUCACACUAUAACCCCGAUAGAAUGGCUGUCACGACGGUUCACCAGAUGAAACCACAGCCGACAAUGCCUCUCACCUCGGAAAUGUUUCAUCUCCUCAACGAGUACUGGCGGGGUCUUGCAACAUGGAUGGAUGUCUUUGACCUGAGUGACACAUACCACCGCGAGGUUGCUCGUCAAGCCUUGACAUCGGAGCUCCUUCGCUGCAUAUGUGCUUUCACCGCGCGACAACUGUGUUUACGUGCUUCUGGCGAGGUUUGGGCGCCGGCUGCGACAAACUACAAUAGUCCAUCCCUUCAUCUGCUGAUCCAGCAACUGAAUAGCUGUGAGCCACUGAGAGACACACUUACAGCUGUCAUUCUCCUUGGGAGCUAUGAGGUCUUAGCUGCUCAGGGCCAAGAGCAUCACCGGCACUAUGAAGGCGCAAGGAAGCUUAUUAAAUUACAAGGCAUUAGUGCUCGAUCCUCCGAUCAGGCGGUCCUGCAAUUAGAUCCGUCGGACUGGAAUGUCAACUGGUGGGAAGGAGAAACCGCCGAAGAUCUGUUAAGCAACCAACUCUUAUGGCUUAUUGGUAGAGCAGUUAAUUGGAUUUAUAAAGAUAAAACGCCCCGCAAAUAUCAGGAGCUACUCACGGACACGGAAGGUUGGUAUACAGGUCUGUCUCAACACUUUCGAGGGGUAAGGUAUGGAGAAAUGGUCGAAGAUGGGCUGUCCAAAGUCCAUUUUGCUGUCCCUCAGACAGCUGCGGCAAUGCUUUGGUAUCAUCUUCUCCAUCUCAUGCUGUACGCUGAGCCAGUGCUGCAAGAUGUUGCAUAUAUACCGAAAAUCCAAGAGCAUGCGACUGAGAUAAUCAACAUCUCUAUCUCGGAUAUACCAGACCAGGUUCGAUGUUUCUCUAUUCUACCACUUUACUUCGCCGGCAAACAUGUCGACAGCAUCGUUCGCAAGACCAGAGUAUUAGUCCUGCUGAGCAAUAUUCAAAUCGAGCUUGGUUAUCACACUGGCGGGCUAGUGCAGAAGCUUCAGCAAUUUUUCAUGCCAGCAACUGAUUAAAGAGCCAAAUCUUAAUUUGCCUGGACUAAAUAUAAAAGAAAUAUGAGGAGCGUAAUGGCUAAUAUGAC